ACUAAAGCACGCAUGUGCUUUCAUUCAGAACAGGUAUGCAGUUGUAGUUAUGUCACGUGUUCAAUGUGCAUGGCAACUUGAUCCAGCUCCGAAGGGAGAGACCCUAGCACCGUUUCUGCUAAAUUUAUUAUAAUUUAAAGCAAUGAUGUCUGACAAACCACCACCUUAUCAAUCACCCCAAGGCUAUGCCGCACCCCAACAAGGCUAUGCUGCACCCCAACAAGGCUAUGCUGCACCCCAACAAGGCUAUGCCCCAUCCCAACAUGGCUAUGCACCGCCCCCAUAAGGUUACGCGACACCUCCCCAGGGGUACGGUCCACAACCGCAAGGAUACUUUCCACAUCCGCCUCAGCAUGUGUAUAACGCACACCAACAAGGAUAUGCCCCGCCUCCCCAACAAGUGCACGCCCCUGGCAUGCAUUCCUCGCACUCCAGCACCACAGUGGUUGUCGGGGGAGGGGUGAGUACAGCACCUGUUGUGGUAACGCCGGUUCACGAAAGAUUUGCAGACAAGAUCUUGCUGAACCUGUUGAUCAGCCUGAUUUUCUGGCCGUGGGUCAUUGUGUGGCUGAUCAUGUGUGCUUUUGAAAAAAGGGUGUGAAGAAUUUUAGUGGAUUCGUCAAGAGUGGCUUGCUGACACGACAUCGAUAUAAUAGUUUUAUACUGGCCUUCUACUAUUAAUGUUACAUGUUUAUACAGAUCAUGUAUAUCUUUAACAUCAUGUACUCUUGUAUAGUGUAGUAUUAUUGCAUGUCAUACCACAUGACAGCACGAAACCUUGUGAUUGAAUAGAGAAUCAUUUAAGAAACAAACCCAGACAUUUACAUGAUCAUAAUCAACAAAUAUUUCAAUUCGCAAAGGAAGGAUUUUGGACCUCUUAUUUCAAAGCAUCAUUACGAAAUUGUUAUCAUUUUUAUCAAAUUUUUUCAUUCUUUAAUGUCGUUUGCUAAAUUUUGUUCAAUCAAUUUAAAUAAAAUACACGUCUUUACAUAGUCAUAUGCAUGUACUUAAUUUCAUCUGAGAACACAACAAAAGCAUAGUAAUUUCAAACAUAUGAUAUUAACUACCACUGCAUGGUAAUUUUUUUUCCUAUUUUCUAGGAAAAUCGAUUGUAAUUUAUGUAGAAACUGACGAGACUGAAAUCUACGCAGUCCUGUAAAACGACAUGUCCGCAAAUAAAUAGAAUCAUUCUUGUAACCUUAUAACCUAAUUUCAAAUGUAUUGUGUUGCUAAUUAAUAAUACUUACUUUUGGUGUGAAUUAUUUUUCGAUCAAAUCUGAAAGCACGAAAUUCAUGGACCAAGAAGAUUUAGUAAUCAUGGUAACCUUCACAUCUAUGGAAAAUCAUCCCGUUCCUCCGAUGUAACGUGCUGAUCAACAAUGAAAAAAAAAUUACGUACUAUUAUUUACUUUCUAUGGAUAUAUAAUCGGUUGAACGAGUCAGAUAUAAACUAUAAAAAUAUAAACUAAUGUACUACUCCCCCCCCCCCCCAAACUCACACACAAACACUUUUCUUUCAUCUUAUUCUCACUAACUUCCUUUUUCAAGUAGUAUACAGGUACAUUUGUAAACGAGAUAUAUGCAUAAUAUAUAGACCAACAUUAUAUUGUUUUUCUUUAAGAGACAAGCUAUUACAUUGUGAGAUAUGUAUACUUGUAUCCUUUGUAUCUUUUUCUACUGUCUUUGUCAAUGAAUCAAUAAAAAAAAACA